UUUGAAAUAUGUGGAUUAGCUUGAUACUUCCACUGAGAGAAGAUGGAUUUUCUUCUGAUCAUCCUCUCAAUUGUUGGAAUAACUGUGACUUAUGGGCUGCCUGGCCAGGAGAUUCCCUCCCCGCUGUAUAACAGAGGCUUGGGCAUAUACGAUGGAAACUCUACUACAAUUCAGAAACAUCCAUAUCUGGUCGCCGUGUGUUUAAACAACUACUUCACCUGUGCAGGCACCAUAGUAAGCAGAACUUGGGUUCUUACAAUUCCCCAAUGUGGAGGCAGCUUGAACGUGUCAGAAGUAUCGGUGUUGGCGGGCAGCCAGGACUCUGUGACGGGAAAGCGCUACCAGGUUCAGAGGCUGGAGGUGCACCCACAGUACAGCCAGGGAGAUGUCUUGAACGUGUCAGAAGUAUCGGUGUUGGCGGGCAGCCAGGACUCUGUGACGGGAAAGCGCUACCAGGUUCAGAGGCUGGAGGUUCACCCCCAGUACGGCCAGGGAGAUGUGUUUGACUACGAGUUCCUGUGUAUUCAGGUAGUGGGAAAGUUCCACUGGAACAGCAGAAUCAGACCGGUCCGACUACCUAAGUCAGACCCUCCAGUCAACUACAGUAUGGUGGUCUGCGGCUGGGGCAAGGAUGGUAGUAUAUCAAGUGAGGGCAACUCUAAACAACAGCUGCUCGAUGGUGAGAUGGAGUGGGUGGACAAGGCCAUUUGUAAGUCGUGGUGGAGUUACCGCAACUGGUCAGACUCCAUGGCAUGUGCUUACAACCAAGGCAAGACCACUCUCUGUGACGGAGACUGGGCUGAUCCUUUCGUAGCCAAAGGAGUGCUCUAUGGGAUGUUUCUUUUCUUCAAACCGGAAAGCGAAUGCUCUGCAGGGGCACUUCCGGUUCUGAUAGCGGACGUCGCUACCGGAGCGCCCUGGAUCAGAAAAGUUACUGGAGCCAAAUACGAAGACGAGAAGCCUUCACAGUAGUCAAAUAAACUGUAGAUAACAUUUGAAAUGAAACAAAGUUUUGUGUUACAUAAGUAUAAAAUCGCAUCGCAGCAGUAUUCCAGCAAGUAUAACAUGUAAGUUCUGAAAUAAACUUUCACAAUGUUUAACUCAA